AUGGUGAAAGGACUGUACAAAGUAGCUCCUUAUUCUAAAUCGACUGAUCAACCCAAAGAGUUUCAGAGUGACUACAUACAAAAUGCUUAUAAUUCUAAGCCUUCUUCCCAACUUGGAGACACGGUAGUGUCAUUUGAAUUAAAAGCACUGAAAAACGGCCACACUCGCACUCACCAAGACGAUACCAUUGAUCUGAAAGGUGGCAAACCAAACGAUCGGACAGAUGGAGAGAUUGUAGAUCAGAAAGAAGACGGACAAUACAUUGAAGUGUACGGACGGCGAUGGUAUAUCUUGGUUGUCUUCUCUCUCCUCACCUUUACCCAGGCCGCUGUAUGGAACACAUGGGGACCGAUAGCCGUGUCUUGUGAAAAGGCUUUUGGCUGGGACAAUACCAUUAUAGCACUGCUCCCUAACUGGGGGCCUAUUGGGUCAUUACUGGCGGGAUGGCUGUCGUCAUGGAGUAUGGACGUCAAAGGUAUACGGAUGUGUUGUCUUCUGACAGCAGCGCUAGUAACAGUUGCUUCGACCAUACGAUGUUUUACGUCAGAGCCUCCGUACAUCACGUGGACGUCAAACAUAGCCGCCUUUCUAAAUGGAUUAGCAGGUCCGAUAUCGAUGGGGAUGCCACCUGUUUUGUCCGCUACAUGGUUCCCGCCAAACCAACGAACCACAUCGACUGCCAUAGCAACACUGUGUAACUACGGAGGUGUCGCAGCUGCAUUCCUCAUAGAUGAUGCAGACGUGCCACGCAUACGUCACCAGAUAAUGGUAAUUAUGUACGCCGAAUGUGGAUGGUGUUUUCUAUUAAUGUUAAUGGUAGCAGUAUACUUCCCCUCCAAACCGCCGAAGCCACCAAGUACAACGGCGUCAAAAGAACGUUUGGACAUAAAAUCUGGGUUUAGAAAACUGAUGAGGAACAAGAUGUUUCUUCAGUUAUGCCUUGCCUAUGGAUUGCCUGUAGGUAUUGUAGCACUAUGGGGCGGUGUGUUAUCAGUCGAUCUCAAGUCUUAUGAUGUAUCGGAGGCACAAGCUGGAUGGAUUGGUUUUUAUUCCAUUAUUGCCGGAUGUUUUGGAUGUCUUGCUAUGGCCCGAGUCUCGGAUAUAUUUUCUAAAAAUAUCAGGCAAAUUUUGAUAUUGUUGUAUUCCUUGGCAUUCCUGGACUUUCUGUGGUUCAAUCUGAUUCUGGUAGACCUUAUUCCUAGUUCAUUAGCACAGAUAUAUGUCUCCAUCAUAACGGGUACCCUACUGGUGAACGCCACUGUCCCGUUAUGGUUUGAGAUGGCUUGCGAGAUUACCUACCCAAUCGCAGAAGGUAUCACCACUGUCGUUAUGCUGAUGUGGCUCAAUACUGUUGGGCUUGUAUUUCUGGGGUUGCAAAUGAUUCCAAACAUUGGUACAGCUUGGCAAAAUUGGAGUAUUCUUGGUUCUAUCGCUGUCGGUAUCCCGGUUCUGUUGUUGAUGAAUGACAGCUACAACAGAUUGAAUAUUGAUCAAAUGGUGACAGGGAAAAUAUAA